AUGCCAGUCAGAGUAUUGGAGAACACCGCACCUUCUCAGGUUUCAGGUGCAAAUUCGGGAAGGAGUUCGGGGCAAUCUUGUAGUCUUCUAGGCGUGGGGCAGGCCUUUUCUGGCACCCAGAAUGUUUCCAGUGUACAAAAGGAUGAAGCAUGGAGAGUAAAUGUCCGGAUACAAGGAUGUGACCUUGAGCAUGGGUAUUUGUGCGGCACCAUGGAAGCCCUUAACGUUCCUAUGGCAGAUACACCAGUAGUAACAUUCUGGGAAGGGGAGAUUGUUGAUACAAAGAAUUAUACUUUCUUCACUGGAAAAUGGGAGGCAACACCAGAGGAUGAUAUAAGGCACUGGUCUAAAUUUCCAUCUUUUUCUCCCUUAUUGGUCCAAGUAGAGGUUGAUGGUGGCAAGUCUUUGGACCUGAGCAACUACCCUUACAUAUUCAUGAGAUGGAAGGAGCAGUACUUUGUGAACGUUGGAACUGACUGUGGAUUAACUAUAGCCGGAUUUUACUACAUUUGUUUCUCUUGCAGUGAUGGAUCUAUCAGUGGAUUCUAUUAUGAUCCCAAUAGCAGCCCUUACCAGAAGCUAGAGUUGAAAUCCACGAAUGAUGGAAGAUCAGGUUUCAGUUUUUCAUCAUAUGAGUUACAAUAG